CGACCCGGAAGCUGCCGGGGGCGCUGCGUGUGGAUGCUGGCGAGGGACAUAGCGCGCUGCUUUGCGCCCGUUCGCCGCGAUGUCGGCGAAGAGGAAGGCCGACGCCAUGAUCCCGGCCGAGGAGAGCGACCAGCUGCUUAUCCGGCCCCUAGGUGCUGGGCAAGAAGUAGGAAGAUCAUGCAUUAUUUUGGAGUUUAAAGGAAGAAAAAUAAUGCUUGAUUGUGGAAUACACCCUGGUCUAGAAGGAAUGGAUGCCCUUCCUUACAUUGACUUGAUAGAUCCUGCUGAGAUUGAUCUUCUCUUAAUUAGUCAUUUCCAUUUAGAUCACUGUGGGGCUCUACCAUGGUUUUUGCAAAAAACAAGUUUUAAAGGAAGGACAUUUAUGACUCAUGCUACAAAAGCUAUUUACAGAUGGCUUCUUUCAGAUUAUGUCAAAGUUAGCAAUAUAUCGGCAGAUGAUAUGCUAUAUACAGAGACAGAUCUGGAAGAAAGCAUGGACAAAAUUGAAACAAUCAACUUCCAUGAAGUAAAAGAGGUGGCAGGAAUCAAGUUCUGGUGUUACCAUGCAGGCCAUGUUCUAGGAGCAGCCAUGUUUAUGAUUGAAAUAGCUGGUGUAAAGCUUUUAUAUACAGGUGAUUUCUCAAGACAGGAAGACAGACACCUCAUGGCAGCUGAGAUUCCUACCAUUAAACCUGAUAUUCUUAUAAUUGAAUCCACCUAUGGUACCCAUAUUCAUGAAAAACGUGAAGAACGAGAGGCAAGAUUCUGUAACACCGUCCAUGAUAUUGUAAAUAGGGGUGGUAGAGGUCUUAUUCCCGUCUUUGCCUUGGGUCGAGCUCAAGAACUCCUUUUGAUCUUAGAUGAAUACUGGCAAAAUCACCCUGAACUCCAUGACAUACCCAUAUAUUAUGCCUCCUCGUUGGCAAAGAAAUGCAUGGCAGUGUAUCAGACGUACGUAAAUGCCAUGAAUGACAAAAUUCGUAAGCAGAUCAACAUCAACAAUCCAUUUGUUUUCAAGCACAUUAGUAAUCUGAAGAGUAUGGACCACUUUGAUGACAUUGGUCCAAGUGUUGUCAUGGCUUCCCCAGGUAUGAUGCAGAGUGGCUUAUCCAGAGAGUUGUUUGAGAGCUGGUGUACUGAUAAGAGAAAUGGAGUAAUUAUUGCAGGUUACUGUGUGGAAGGAACACUCGCUAAGCACAUCAUGUCUGAACCCGAAGAGAUCACAACUAUGUCAGGGCAGAAGCUCCCACUGAAGAUGUCUGUAGACUACAUUUCUUUCUCUGCUCACACAGAUUAUCAACAAACCAGCGAAUUCAUUCGAGCACUAAAACCUCCACAUGUGAUUUUAGUACACGGUGAGCAGAACGAAAUGGCCAGAUUAAAAGCAGCAUUGAUACGAGAGUAUGAAGAUAAUGAUGAAGUUCACAUAGAAGUUCACAAUCCUAGGAACACUGAGGCUGUGACAUUAAACUUCAGAGGAGAAAAACUUGCCAAGGUAAUGGGGUCUUUGGCAGAUAAGAAACCAGAGCAAGGACAGCGAAUUUCAGGGAUCCUAGUUAAAAGAAACUUCAAUUAUCACAUCCUUUCACCUUGUGACCUCUCCAAUUACACUGAUUUGGCAAUGAGCACCGUCACACAAACACAAGCCAUUCCAUAUACUGGCCCUUUCAGUCUGCUUUAUUACCAGCUGCAGAAACUCACAGGUGAUGUGGAAGAAAUAGAAGUCCAGCAAAAGCCAGCCUUGAAAGUUUUCAAAAAUAUUACUGUGAUCCAGGAGCCUGGCAUGGUGGUACUUGAGUGGGUGGCAAAUCCUGCUAAUGAUAUGUAUGCAGACACUGUGACAACAGUGAUCCUGGAAGUUCAGUCCAAUCCCAAAAUACAGAAAGCUGCUGUACAUAAAAUUUCUAAACAGGUAGAUAUAGAUGUGUAUAGCAAGAGAUUGGAGAUUAUGCUUCAGGACAUGUUUGGAGAGGACUGUGUAAGUGGAAAAGAAGGCUCCAUUCUAAGUGUCGCUGUAGAUGGAAAGACUGCAAAUAUUUCAUUGGAAACUCGGACGGUUGAAUGUGAGCCAGGAUGUGAAGAUGAUGAAGCCCUUCGGGAAAUGGUGGAGUUGGCUGCACAAAGACUCUAUGAUGCGCUUAGCCCAGUGCACUGAACUCAGUGGCUGAUAAAUAUCUGGGACUCGUAAGACUGAUUGUUUUUAUACUUAUUUUGAAUAUUAUUUUGAAUAAAUAAAACAUGUCUUUAGCUAA